AUGAACGAUAUUGUUAAUGCUCGACGCAGUGGUGACUCGCAAAUGCUUUUUGGGGGCAAGGUAAUUGUUUUUGGAGGAGAUUUCAGACAAAUUAUGCCAGUUAUUCCCAACACAGGUAGACAAAACAUUGUAAAUGCAUCAUUAAGCUCAUCUUAUAUUUGGGAAAAAUGCAAAGUCCUAAGGUUAACUAAGAACAUUAGGCUAACUGCAAACAGUGAGAUUUCAGAAAUUAAACAAACAAGGAAUUUUACAAAAUGGAUUUUGGACUUAGGAGAAGGAAAAGUUGGAGGUGAUAAUGAUGGUGAGGCAGUUAUUGAGAUACCUCAUGAUCUUCUCAUUAGUGAUUCCGUCGAUCCUAUAUCUGCAUUAAUCAAAUUUUUCUAUCCUUCAAUUCUUGAAAACAUCAACAACUCAGCUUAUUUUCAAGAACGAGCAAUACUUGCACCAAAAAGUGAAGUCAUUCAAGAAAUAAAUGAUUGUUUGUUGUUAUUGUUCCCAGGAGAAGAAAAGAAGUACUUAAGUUCAGAUACGCUAUGUGAAUCAGAGCACCUUCACGAUGAGUUUGAUAAAGCUUUGUACUCUCCUGAUGUUUUAAAUGGUCUUAAAUUAUCAGGGAUACCAAACCAUAAGAUUUUACUAGAAGUUGGUGUUCCUAUCAUGUUACUCAUGAAUAUUGAUCAGAAAUCUGGAUUAUGUAAUGGAACUAGACUGUGGGUGUUAACAUUGGGAAAUCGAGUGAUAGAAGCACAUGUUAUAUCUGGAAUCAAUAUUGGAAGUCGUACAUUCAUUCCAAGAAUGUCUUUGACACCUACAGACAAAAGGAUACCAUUCAAAUUUCAAAGGAGACAAUUUCCAAUUGUUGUAUGUUUUUCCAUGACCAUAAAUAAGAGCUAA